AUGAAAAAGAAAAGUAAUCAAAUAAAACAACAAAAUGAAUAUGAAUAUAUUUUAAAAGUAAGAGGAAUAACUUUAAACCACGAUGUCAUCAACAACCAAGGAUUAAGAUAUGAAACUUUUAAAAGACAGGUCAUCAAAUAUGCAAAAACAGGAACUAAUGAACCGAUUAAAAUAUUGUACCCAUCGUUUUUAUGCCCCUCAAUAAAAAAUUUAAAUGUUUCAACUCUAUCCCGUCAUAAAAUUUCUAGACCUUUCAUCGGGAAGGGAAUUAUAAGACCUUCCGAUUUUUCUGUAUUAAAUUUUGGACAUAUUUAA